AUGGCGAAGCAGAAGCAUAGCAACAGUUUUUUCGUGUACUUGGUGGUUCUCUUCUUCUGCGCUUCCUCUGUUUUGGCUUCAGCGAGAGUUGCGCCUCUUUUGCAGAACUAUGGGAACCCCAUUUUCAGAUCAAACUUUCAUUCUAUCUACGACACUUCCAAUUACGGGGUGUUUCAGCUGAGUAAUGGAUUGGCUAAAACGCCUCAGAUGGGAUGGAACAGCUGGAACUUCUUUGCAUGCAAUAUCAAUGAGACUGUCAUUAGGGAAACGGCUGAUGCACUGGUAUCAACCGGAUUGGCUGAUUUAGGUUAUGUGUAUGUCAACAUAGAUGAUUGCUGGUCUACUUUGACAAGAAAUCUGAAGGGCCAACUUGUUCCUGAUCCUAAGGCAUUUCCAUCUGGAAUCAAAGCUCUAGCAGAUUAUGUACAUGGAAAGGGUCUGAAGCUUGGUAUAUAUUCAGAUGCUGGGAUUUUUACUUGUCAAGUCCGGCCAGGAUCGAUUUUCCAUGAAACAGAUGAUGCAGAUUUAUUUGCCUCUUGGGGUGUAGAUUAUUUGAAGUAUGACAAUUGUUACAAUCUGGGCAUCCCUCCAAAAAAACGAUAUCCAACUAUGCGUGAUGCUCUCAAUGCAACUGGGCGUACGAUUUUCUAUUCACUCUGUGAAUGGGGCGUUGAUAACCCAGCCUUGUGGGCAGACAAAGUAGGUAACAGCUGGCGCACAACAGAAGACAUCAAUGAUUCAUGGGCAAGCAUGACAACCAUUGCUGAUCUUAAUGAUAAGUGGGCUGCAUAUGCUGGUCCAGGAGGAUGGAAUGACCCAGAUAUGUUGGAAGUUGGAAAUGGUGGGAUGAGUUACCAGGAAUACCGAGCUCACUUCAGCAUCUGGGCUUUAGCAAAGGCACCUCUAUUGAUUGGCUGUGAUGUAAGAAAUUUGACUGCUGAAACGCGUGAGAUUUUGAGCAAUGAAGAAGUCAUUGCCAUCAAUCAAGAUUCACUUGGAGUCCAGGGAAGGAAAGUUCUAGUUGCUGGAAUAGAUGGUUGCAGACAGGUUUGGGCUGGUCCUUUGUCAGGAAACCGCUUGGCUGUUGCUCUCUGGAAUCGGUGCUCAAAAGUUUCUACUAUAACAGCUUCAUGGGAAGCACUUGGGCUUCAAUCUGGGAUUCAUGUUUCUGUGAGGGAUUUGUGGCAGCACAAGGUAGUAAAUGGAGAUGCAGUGUCAUCAUUCAGUGCUCGAGUUGACAUCCACGACUGUCAUCUGUUCAUUCUCACUCCAUUAACAGUAUCUCACUCUGUAGAGUAG